AUGAACCCAUUCUUGGGACAACAAUGGCCGUGUAACAUCUCUAAAGUUGUCAAUCAAGGAGUGAUGGAUCUGGGUGAUGUGGUGUGGGAGAGAAUUAUGCAUAAAGCAGAAUACACUGAAGACGGAACAUUUAUAUGCUCUUUGCCAGGGUAUCUUAUCACUGUCAUCAAUGACUUGAAAAUUCAAAUGGAGCGCAUUGUAUCAAUGAUAGACAUCAAAUUUGGAAGUUCUCAAGCAGAUAUCAGGUUGCUUGUCUGCCUCAUGGGACCUACUAUUGAGUCCAUGAUGAGAUGCAUAUUUAGAUAUUCAAAAUAUCAGAUGCGUGUCCCUGAAGUGCUUGUUGGACUAGGACUUGGAAAAGAUCAAUCACAUUUAUUUAGAGACUGUUCAUGCGUCUCAAUCAUUCUACAUCAUUUACUAAAAGAGAUGCCCGUUAGUGUAAUCAGUUCUCACACCGUGGACAUUCUUCAUAUGAGUGCAACGAUGAACGGUUUUUGA